AACCGGCAGUCCGCGCGGUACCUUGGUCUCUCCGUAUACCUUGGUAGCCCUCUGGUGCCUUCCCGGGGGUAGGCACGGAGACGCGCACUCCCGUCGAUCCUUUCGUUUGCUUUGCUUCCGUUUCCAUUUCCGUUCCCGUUCCGUUUCACUCGUUUUGACGAUUUUCGGUUUAUGUUUUCCGGGUUCCGGGCGACGUCUUUUUCUUUCGGCUCUAUCCCUUAUCCGCUUGUUUGCUAAGGAAGUAGCGCGCCGCGUGUGCCUUGUAACAUCGAGCUUGCAACCAAUCUGUGCCCGGAACGCCGUUGCGGGUCGCACAGAAUUUGCCGGGAACCCGCUGGGUCCUAUCCGUUGGAUAGCCGGGAGCGCGCACGCGGGUUUAGUGGUGCACCAUCCCGGGCCAGGACCGCAGUCGUCGUCGUGUGUAUGUGUGUAUGUUUGUGCAUGCAAACAUGCACAUGUUGCCGGUGUGUUAGUGUUAGUGGCUGUCGGUACGAGCUGCCAGGAGUGUUCCAGCACUUUGGGAGUACACUACAUUUCGCCUAGUUCCUAGUCAGCUACAGAAUGGCUCAAAGCUGUGUCGCGCUUCUCUCGUCCAUCCUGGUCGUGGUCGUAGCCAUCGGUCUGCUUUGGCAGUGGGGGGCACCACAGCAUCGCGGGGAGUCCGGCCAUGCGGGACAAACCACCGACCGACCGGGACGACGGACGGCUGACACCGUCCAGCUGACGCCGCCCGAUCCCAGCGGUACCGAUUUUAGCGUUCGCUUGUCACACUCGGCCCUGCACAUGUACGAGUCAGCCGCCGUUUGCAGUGAUUCCGACAUCUGCAGUCAAAUCGGACGCGAUCUACUGCAACGGAAUGGUACGGCAGUGGAUGCCACCAUCGGCAUCAUGCUCUGUGCCGGCUUGACCAACCUUCAGUCGAUGGGGUUGGGCGGUGGCUUCGUGAUGAACAUCUAUCAGCACAACGAGCGGCGUGCGUAUACGCUGGAUGCACGUGAGGUGGCCGCCGGAAAGGCAACCGAGGAGAUGCAUCUGCACGAUCCGAGCACAACGAACGAGGGCCCACUGUCGGUGGCCGUGCCGGGUGAGCUGAAGGGCUACUGGGAGGCGCACAAACGGUUCGGGGCACUGCCGUGGGCCGACCUAGUGAAACCGUCACUGGAACUGUGCCGGCGCGGUAUUCCUAUCACCAAGCAUAUGCACGACUCACUGACCUUCAACCGGAAGGCGAUGAACGAUGAGCGAAUCAGAUACAUGUUUACCGAUCCGGCCACCGGACGGCCGAAGCAGCAGGGGGAUCACAUCCACCCGGACAUACUGUGUGACACGCUGGCCGAGAUUGCGGUUCAGGGCGGUGAGGCACUGUACACCGGUGCGUUGGCUACCCGGUUUGCCGACGAUUUGCGCGAGAUGGGAAGCAUUCUCACCCUGGACGAUCUACGCCGGUACCGUGUUCGAUGGAGCGAGUCGCUACCGAUCGACCUGAAGGGCGACACGAUGUGGGUGGUACCGCCGCCGGCGAGUGGCAUCCUCGUCGCCUUCAUUAUGAACAUCCUGAAGGGCUACCGGAUGGAGGCGCAGGAUAUGCGGAGCACCGACACGGUCGUCGCGACGGCCCAUCGCAUCGUGGAGGCGUUCAAGUUCGCCUACGGCAAACGUACCGCCAUCGGUGAUCCGUCCUUCGUGGACGUACGCGAGCUCACCGCUAAUCUCACCUCGGACGGCUAUGCGGAGACGAUUCGCCAGCGGAUUGACGAGCUACGUACGCACCAGUCGCCAGCUGAUUACGAUGGAGAGUUCCAUACGCCCAACAACGACGGUACAGCACACAUCUCGGUGUUGGGACAAUAUGGAGAUGCCGUUUCAGUUACCAGUUCCGUGAAUUUCUAUUUCGGCGCCGGACUGAUGGGUGUGCGCACUGGUAUUAUAGUGAACAGCGGAAUGGAUGACUUUGCUUCACCCGGGCUGCAAAACUACUUCGGGCUGCCCGGUUCAAAGGCCAACUUCAUACGACCGUACAAGCGCGCCCUAUCCUCGAUGGCACCGACGAUCGUCACCGAUGCCGAGCACAACGUGAAGCUAGUGAUCGGUGCGGCCGGUGGUACCAAGAUCACAACCGCGGUGGCAUUGACGCUGAUGCGCGCCCUAUGGUUCGGAUAUGACAUCAAAGAGGCGGUGGAUGCGCCACGCUUCCACCAUCAGCUAGUACCGAUGGCUGUCCAGUACGAGUACGGUAAUCUGGACGUGCUCAUCCGGGGACUGCAACGGAAGGGCCACGAAACGGUGCGCUACCGGGAGCGCGGAUCAAUCAUCUGUGCCAUCGCGCGGAAUGCAUCCGGCGUAUACGCCAACGCUGACUUUCGCAAGGGUGGCGAUGUGGCCGGGUUUUGAUGCGUUGUAGCAUUUGCUACAAUUCGUCGUUCGAAUUACGGGUGCCAACCAAUACGUGUAGAAUUAGAUAGGCUGUGCAAUAAGCAAUACUUCAAGCCACAGACAACGGGAAUUUAGACCUAAUUCGCCACCAUGCAUGGGGGCAGCGAAAUGUUUUCGUCAGCGAGAACGCUUCGUAGAAUCAUUGUUGCAACUGAACUGAUAUUCGAGUGACUAGCCUUUUACCACUUUUUCAAGACAGAGGAUAUGUGUUUGUUGAUUUUUGUAGUUGG